AUGAAAAUGUUUCUUUCUCUCUUUCUUUUCUUCAUUUUAGGGUUUCUUUACUUGUCCCUAAAACUGCAUCUUCAAUUUCGAAAAUUCACUCCCAUUUAUGGCCCUUCCUCUUACCCCAUCGUUGGCUGUCUAAUUUCCUUCUACAAAAAUCGCCAUCGGCUAUUGGAUUGGUACACUCAACUUUUAUCGGAGUCCCCCACACAGACCAUUCUUGUUCAACGCUUCGGUGCCCCUCGAACUAUAAUCACAGCCAAUCCGAACAACGUUGAACACAUGCUCAAAACGAACUUCACUAAUUAUCCAAAAGGCCAGCCCUUUACGGAGAUUUUAGGCGAUUUUCUUGGUCGUGGGAUCUUCAACGUGGACGGGGAGCAGUGGAGCGCGCAGCGCAAAUUGGCUAGCCACGAGUUCAGUACAAAGUCACUGAGGGAGUUCGUGGUCAAAACUCUAGAAGAAGUAGUCGAUACCAGGCUCAUUCCUUUGUUGAACCAUGCUGCUAAAUCUGGCAAAGUGUUGGACUUGCAAGACGUGCUUAGGCGAUUCGCCUUCGAUACUAUAUGCAAGGUGUCGCUGGGUACGGACCCGCAUUGCUUGGAUGAUCUCUCAGACGUGCCGAGUCUAGUAGAUUCGUUUGACACUGCUUCUCAAGCGUGUGCCAUGCGUGGGAUGGCUCCAGUCUACGCGAUUUGGAAAGGCAAGAGAGCGCUCAAUUUAGGAUCAGAGAAGAAGCUGAAAGAGAACGUGAAACGCGUUCACUGUUGCAUUAACGACAUCAUAGAGAAGAAGAAACAGACGAUCAACGAAAAUGGAAAAAACAGUAAGAACAUGGAUCUUCUCUCCAGAUUAUUAAUCGCUGGACACGAAGAUGAAGUGGUGAGAGAUAUGGUCAUAAGCUUCAUCAUGGCCGGAAGAGACACAACUUCUUCCGCAUUAACAUGGCUUUUCUGGCUCACUACCAAUCACCCGGAUGUCAAAAAUGAAAUGAUCAACGAAAUAACGUCGAUCAACAUUGGCGACAAGGCGCUCGAAUUCGACGAAUUAAAAGAGAUGAAGUACUUGCAAGCGUGCUUGAACGAAUCAAUGAGGCUAUAUCCACCAGUGGCUUGGGACUCAAAGCACGCAGCUACAGACGACAUUUUGCCAGACGGAACAAGGGUUCAAAAAGGAAAUAGAGUUACUUAUUUCCAGUAUGGAAUGGGACGGAUGGAGGAGAUUUGGGGUAAAGACCGGCUCGAAUUUAAACCGGACCGUUGGAUCGAUGAAAAUGGAUUAUUGAAAAGUGUUAGUGCUUAUAAAUUUCCAGUGUUUCAAGCAGGUCCAAGGGUGUGUUUGGGUAAAGAAAUGGCAUUCAUGCAGAUGAAGUAUGUGUUGGCAUCAGUAUUGAGGCGGUUCGAAAUUAAACCGGUGAAAGUAGAAAAACCGGUUUUUAUGCCUCUCUUAACUGCACAUAUGGCUGGUGGAUUCAAUGUGCGAAUCUGUCACCGCGAUAGCUAG